GAGUGUGAGGUCGAGAUCACGGCCCGUGCAGCUUGUGCGGGAUGCGUUGGGCGCCACAAUAUUGAGGACCGGACCAAUGAAAGGAACCGCCCUUCAGCCGUAUCCCAUAUCUCAUGGCUGUCGAUGUGUGAGAGCUGUCGACAGUCACGACCGCAACGUGAAACCGUGCGGGUGUACGUGUUACUCAUACAUACUUUUGUCCUGCUUUCCAUUAUGCAGUACCCUGAGAGAAGGCUGGCGCUCUCCGUUUUCUCCCUCUUCGCAUACAUUUCCAGCAGCCAUGCCGGUUAUUGCUACUUCCGCAACGGCAACAUCGCAGUAAUCAACUCCCAGGCAUACGUCCAAUGCCCAGGACUAGACUCCUGCUGCCUGCAAUCAGACAUUUGCGUAUCGAAUGGCUUGUGUCAGGACAUCAACAAUCACGCCAACGGUUCACUGACGAAUGAAGGCGGCACGUACUACAACUUCACAGGCCUCUACCAAUCUCCGGCUUGCUCGAACGCGAACUUCGAAGGCUGCGACACUGAAUGCACCGCGUCGAACUCAUCCGGUCGGACAUACAUAUGGUCCUGUAACAACCAGUUGACAAGUUAUUGCUGCGCAAGCGUUCUAGCACAGUCCGAAUGUUGUUCAGGGACCUCCAACUUCGUCCUUCCCUCUCCAAGUGUCAUCGCCUGGGGUACCAGCUCAACCACAAGCACUGCAUCGAGCACGAGAAUGAGCGCAAGCACAAGCACGUCCAUAACUUCCUCGAGUAGCAGCUUUAGUACGCCGGCAUCACUACUGCCAUCCAGUACCGCGGCGGCACCUAGCGCGGCGUCAAGCCAGAGCGGCUCAGCCUCCUUAUCCACAGCGGCGAAAGCAGGCAUUGGCGUUGCAGUUGCGGUCUGCUUGCCCACAUUCGCAAGCUCAGAGCAAGGCAGCAGCCACAGGCCGAGACUCUUAUGCAGGAGUAUCACGAUCAAUCUCCGGGCCCCCACGGAGGUGCCAUGCAGCAGAAGUUGGCAGUGGACGAUAUAUUGCCAGUCGAAGUAGACUCCAGCCGGCCUCUGGUGGAAGCACCUGGUAGGGAACCUGCAGAGCUUGACACCGGCCAUCCUGUACGAGAUGCGAAGAGAUAGGCGAUUGUUGUAUCAGUGUUCGUGUCUUGUGAUGCUUGUAUCAGACCUCACAACGGACGUGUCAUCUGCAGACCGUCCCG